AUGCCUUCCGCAGAUAAGAAACCCAGGACCUUGUAUGACAAGGUGUUUGAUGCCCACAUUGUAAAUGAGCAAGAAGAUGGUACAGGCCUUAUUUAUAUUGAUAGACAUUUGGUCCACGAAGUGACUUCACCUCAAGCUUUCGAGGGGCUCAAGAAUGCCAACCGAAAGGUCCGCCGGCCGGAUUGCACUUUGGCCACUGUCGAUCAUAAUAUCCCAACCACUUCGCGGAAAAACUUCAAGAACGUCGAAGAGUUUAUCGAAGAAAGUGAUUCUCGCCUCCAAUGCAGCACCCUCGAACAGAACGUCAAAGAUUUCGGCCUCACAUACUUUGGAAUGGAUGAUAAACGGCAGGGCAUUGUCCACAUUAUCGGGCCUGAACAGGGAUUCACUCUUCCCGGAACAACUGUCGUAUGUGGCGACAGUCACACCUCAACACACGGUGCCUUUGGUUCCCUCGCCUUUGGUAUUGGCACCAGUGAAGUCGAACACGUACUGGCCACGCAGACCAUCAUUACGCGCAGAAGUAAGAACAUGCGCAUCCAAGUCGAUGGAGAGCUUCCGCCAGGUGUAACCAGCAAGGAUGUUGUCCUCCAUAUUAUCGGUGUCAUUGGAACGGCGGGAGGUACCGGUGCUGUUAUUGAGUUCUGCGGAUCCGUUAUCCGCGGCCUGAGUAUGGAGGCCCGAAUGUCCAUGUGCAACAUGGCAAUCGAGGCAGGUGCACGUGCUGGCAUGAUCGCACCUGAUGAGGUCACUUUUGAAUACCUCAAGGGUCGUCCUCUUGCUCCCAAGUAUGGCAGCACUGAGUGGAAGAAGGCAGUGAACUACUGGUCUAGUCUGGCCUCUGACGACGGGGCCAUCUACGACAAGACCGUUUUGUUGAAUGGCAAGGAUAUUGUUCCGACCGUCUCCUGGGGUACUUCGCCUCAGGACGUCGUUCCUAUCACUGGUGUUGUCCCUGGCCCAGACGACUUUGAAGAUGAGAGCCGUAAAAUUGCCUGCACGAAUGCUUUGAAGUACAUGGGCCUUGAAGCUGGUACACCAAUGAAGGAUAUCCCGGUCGACAAGGUCUUCAUCGGUUCUUGCACGAACGCCCGUAUCGAGGACUUGCGGGCAGCUGCAAAGGUAGUAAAAUGCAAGAAGAUCGCCUCCAAUAUCAAGCGUGCAAUGGUGGUCCCCGGGUCGGGUCUGGUCAAGCUACAGGCUGAAGCCGAGGGUCUUGAUAAGAUUUUCACUGAUUCUGGAUUCGAGUGGAGAGAAGCUGGUUGCUCCAUGUGUCUGGGCAUGAACCCUGAUAUCCUCUCACCUCAAGAACGCUGUGCUAGUACCUCCAACCGCAACUUUGAAGGUCGUCAAGGUGCUGGCGGCCGCACCCACUUAAUGUCGCCUGCUAUGGCGGCGACGGCCGCCAUCGUUGGAAAGCUCGGGGAUGUUCGUGAACACGUCGUUGCGAGCCCUGUACUGGCCAAGGUGCAGCCCCAAGUUGAUGUACAGCCGGAUACGACAGAGCCAGAGACGGAAGACGAGCUUGAGCGGAUCUUAGAUCAGCCCGCGGACAACGAGCCCCACGCUAACACCUCUGCAAGUGGUGAUAGCUCCGGCGCUGGCCUUCCUAAGUUCACCACUCUCAAGGGCAUUGCCGCCCCGAUGAACCGCCCCAAUAUCGAUACAGAUGCUAUUAUCCCCAAGCAAUUCCUGAAGACCAUCAAACGGACUGGUCUCGGCAGCGCCCUCUUCUACGAGCUGCGCUACAAGGACGGCAAGGAGAUCCCAGACUUCAUCCUCAACCAGGGUGUGUACCGCGACUCGAAGAUCCUUGUCGUCACCGGCCCUAACUUCGGCUGCGGUAGCUCCCGUGAACACGCCCCCUGGGCCCUCCUCGACUUUGGCAUCAAGUGCAUCAUUGCCCCGUCCUUCGCUGAUAUCUUCUUCAACAACACCUUUAAGAACGGCAUGCUCCCCGUCGUGAUCUCCGACGAAGCUGCUCUGCAGAAGAUCGCCGGCGAGGCGACCGCCGGCCGGGAAGUUGAAGUUGACCUGGUCAACCAGGAAGUCAGGGAUGCCAAAGGUAACAAGCUGGCCGGCUUUGAGGUCGAUGCUUUCCGCAAGCACUGCUUGGUCAAUGGUUUGGAUGAUAUCGGCCUCACCUUGCAAAUCGAGGACAAGAUCCGCAUGUUUGAAGCCAAGCGGACUCUUGACACCCCCUGGCUCGACGGCAGUGGCUAUCUCAAGCGUGGUAAGCGUGGAGCCACCAAGAUUGAGCCUGCUCCGGUUCCCAAGACCAACCGGGGAGAUGUCAAGACCGAGCCUUUGGAGUGGUAG